AUGAAGUCGACGCGCUCAGGCAGCAACAACUGGCAAUCGGCCGUCUCGGGAACAUCACCCAAGAUCGCGACUGCGAUGGAGGCAGCGAUAUCCGCCGGGGCCGAGGUCAGCCGUGUAGGCCGACGCAUCUUGCAGAGAAUCUGGGACCCAGAGCCUACCAAUGAUCGAAGCAACAAUGAACCAGUGUGGUGUUUGGGUUGCUCAUAUCUCCUCGAUACAAAAGAAUACGGCACACCCCCUACGCUCACCACCAGCACACCACCCGCAGAUGCCACUCUUACCGCUAUAGUACCCGAGCCUGGGGCAGGCGUGGAAUCGGAGCCACGAAGAGCCACAGAGAAGGCGGGAGUGCCGGUGAAUACAUCGAAUGCAAAAGCAGUUGCCCCAAUCCCCGUUGCGGCUAGUGGUCAGCACCAGCUACAAGUGCCCGAAACACCUCCUCUCUCCGUUGCCAGCAGUUUUGAUUCAGCUCUUGCGUACGAAGAGCCCGGUCAAGAUGGCGGCUGGCCCCCGGCCUUUCUCGAUGAUUUCGAGUCCCGCAUAUGGAUGACAUAUCGUACCGGAUUCGAAGUAAUUCCUCGCUCGACCGACCCGAAAGCGGCCGCAGCCUUGUCCUUCACCAUGCGAUUCAAGACUUCUUUCGGGGACCAGACCGGCUUUUCAUCAGAUACGGGCUGGGGAUGCAUGAUCAGGUCUGGGCAGAGCUUGUUGGCCAAUGCAAUGUUGAUCAGCCGUGCAGGACGUGCUUGGAGACGAACGACGAACCCUGACAUCGAACGCGAAAUCGUGUGCCUAUUCGCAGAUGAUCCUCGUGCUCCAUAUUCCAUACAGAACUUUGUCAACCAUGGUGCAGCUGCUUGUGGAAAGUACCCUGGAGAGUGGUUUGGCCCAUCUGCGACGGCACGGUGCAUCCAGGCUCUGGCCAAGAAGCACGAUAGCUCCCUGAGAGUCUACCUGACACGAGAUCUUCCUGAAGUAUACGAAGACAACUUCAUGUCAACCGCGAACCCUGACGGCAACCACUUUCACCCGACAUUAAUUCUGGUAUCUACGAGGCUGGGGAUUGACAAGAUCAACCCAAUCUACCAUGAAGCGCUCAUAUCUACCUUACAAUUGCCACAAGCCAUUGGUAUUGCUGGCGGACGCCCGUCAUCAUCCCACUACUUCAUCGGUGCUCAGGGGCAAUGGCUCUUUUACCUCGAUCCCCAUCACCCACGGCCAGCGCUUCCUUAUCGAGAGAAUCCGAACGACUAUACCAUAGAAGAAUUGGACUCCUGCCACACCCGACGAUUGCGGCAUCUCCACGUAGAAGACAUGGACCCUAGCAUGCUCAUUGGCUUUCUCAUCAAGGAUGAGGAUGAUUGGGAUCUGUGGAAGAGCUCUGUCAAGCAUGUUCAGGGCAAGGCCAUCAUCAAUGUCUCGCCUCAUGACCCGGAGCACGGGAUGGGUUUCGGUCGAGCUGGAGCGAUUGAUGAGGUGGAGACACUGAGUGACGAGGACGACACAGAUACGGUGCUUGAUUUAUGA